AUGGCCCUCGAUGUUCAACGAAACUGGGAUGUCUGCAUGGCGGAGAACUUGGAACGGGUGACGAAGGAAAGCGACCAACCGAAGGACAAGAAGGAUGCUCGUGAAACGACCAGAGCAGAGAAACCAAAGAUCUGGAAAAGCGAACCUGUCUACCUACCGGACGAGAUCAUCAUCCAAAUCCUAGAAUAUGUGUCCCGAUUCCACGAAUCGCAGUAUACCCUCGCCUCCUGCUGUCUGCUCUCACGACAGUGGUACAGCGCGGCCGUCCCGAUGCUAUACGCCAGUCCCUACCUCUACGGCAAGAACUUCGACCCGUUCCAAGCGGUGAUGAUACCCUCGAGAAAUCUCCACGUUCGUGACAGCCCUCUCGCUUCACUUGUAAAGAUCCUCGAUCUGAGGGGUCUAGUGCAUCAAGCGAGCCGAAGGAUCACGGCACGCCUACUGGGGAGGACCAAGGGGAACUUGGAGGCCUUCAUCGCGCCACAAGCCAGUUUCGGGACGAACAGUUUCGCUGCGUUGGCAAAGUGCCAUCAACUGCGGAUAUUGGAUCUGUCUCUGGUCUCGGAAUCUCCUCCCCUGUUCGAGCUCCUCAAGACCGUCUCUCGCCUGGACAACCUCACCACGUUCCGCCUACCACGCUCCUCAGGCUUCAGCACGGACGUAAACCCAGCUUUAAUAACCUGGCCACGGCGACUCGAGAACCUAGCCUUAAGCGGCGGCAUCGACGCCCACUUCAUGCACGGCAUCGUCGCGCUUCCCUCGACACUCCGCAGUCUCACAAUCGAACACUGUCCCUCAGCGAAAGGCUUCGCCCUAAUGCACAUGCUCCGCGCCGCUGUCCGACCACUCGCACACCUCGAAACCCUCAAACUCGCCAACCUCCCCCGCUUAAGCGGCAGCGCCUGUGACAACGUCCUCUUUAUUCUUCCAGGCCUCACCCGUCUGAGCAUCUCAGUCGACUACAUCACCCCGGCGCUCUUCGACUUCGACGUCAGCAGCCACCGCGAAGCAAUCGAAUGCCACUACCCGACCCUCCCGCACGCGGAGUCUCUCCCAACCCGCCACCAGUGGACGGACGGCAAACAAUGCGAAUUACGCACGCUGGAACUCACCAACUCGGGCAAUCCUGGCGUUGAGGACAAGGUUUCACCUAUUGAUAUCGUUAUUGCGCUCGAUGAGGGUGCGCUGCCGAAUUUGAGGCAGGUGAGGGUGGACAAGACUUUGCUGUGGCAGGCGAGCGCGACGGCGGCGGAUGUGGAUGCGUUGGCGGAUGCGCUGAAGGAGGCGGCGGUGCAGAGGGGCGAGGAUGAAUCGACCAGUACAGGCGUGUGGACGUUUUGA